AAAAUUUUUAGUGACAGAAAUCAUAAAUACCAGAGACCAAUAAACUAGAAUAAAUACCAAGACAUUGCUAAGUCUAACAAAUCUAGUUCAUUUGUCUCUGCUAACAAAUUUAAAAUUGUUGCGAUCGAUCUAAAACUAUCUUUUGUUUUAUUAAAGUUAAUAAUUAGUGUAACUACAUAAUGCCAAAAAGAAGGAGAUUGUUUACACCUUUAAGGCACAGGAAGAGCCAAAAUAUUAUUUCAAAAAAUGAUUAUGAUGAAAGAACUAAAGAGGUAUCAACUGCCCGAGGUAGGCUGCAAGGUGCCUUGAUGGAAGUCCUCGAUCCAGCUGGCGAAGAAUCUGACGUGUCUUCUGACCAAAGCCCACCCAAACGAAGCAGACAUUCUGGUAAUGAUCUAAGGAACUAUUUCUCUGAUGAUGAAGACAGAUAUAUGUCACGUCGCCCGCCCCGCCAGUCCUACGUGUUGAAGCUGUUUGACAGGAGUGUGGACCUCUCCCAGUUCAGUGAGGACUCUCCACUCUACCCUAUAUGCAGGGCGUGGAUUGCCAACCAGCCUAAAGCAGACUAUAAAAAAUUUGGAAAAACAUAUGCGGCUCCAGAGCAAAAUGAGAACACUGUGGAGCUGCCAGGACCAGAAGGCCCUACAGUGUCACGAAUACCGGAACUGUUGCCAGAGCAGAAGGCUGCUAACAAAGACAACAUCAACUUGAACUAUCGAGAAGCCCCGCCGCCCACCAGAGAGCAACUGCUGCAGUCGCACACGGCGCGGUGGACCGCAGUGCGCGCCGCCUGGGUGGCGCAGUCCAACAAGGCUGAGAUGCGGUACGAGGCCACGCAGCAGCUGCUCAACAGGAUCAAUGUCAAUAAUAUAUAACGGUUAGCAGAUAAGAGAAGACAUUUAGAUUGAAUUUACAUUUUGUAAAUAACUUUUAACUUGAUUGCCAAUCGGAAUAAAAAUCAUGCAUGAUUGAGAAUUAUGGAAUAAAAGAAUUGAGCAUUUUAUAUAGAUUUAUUUUGUAAAUAAAAAAAAUAAUGGUUA